GAUGACAAGAGGAUGGGGAGAGAGUCCACGGCUAAAAAUGUAGCUUGAAGUGAACAAUUUGGAUCUUCACUAAACUUGAUCAAACCAAGAUGAAGAACCACACACGGGUGCAUUGGAUGGACGUAGCUGUUUACAUGCAUCCAGUUUGCCUCUUGGAAUGUUGUUUUCUGCAGCCCUGAAUAAUUAGCAGUUUUAUGGGAAAUUCUGGAUUUUGCCACUGAAGAUUUUGCGUUCCCUGAGGGGAGCCUGUUCUCCGCUGUUGUGUGGUGUGCUGCAGAGGAGACAUGGCCCGAAACUCUUUCCGCGGGUCCAAAUACAAGGCGGACGCCAACCACGAUGCCGAUUUUGGCUGCACGCUCAAAGAGCUGCGAUCGCUCAUGGAACUCAGAGGGCCAGAGGGAUUACAGAGAAUCCAGGAGUGUUAUGGAGAUGUUCAGGGACUUUGCUCCAGGUUAAAAUCUUCCCCCACAGAAGGGUUAAGUGGUCAAGCUGAUGACAUUGCAAGAAGAAAAGAAGAAUUUGGAAAGAAUUUCAUACCUCCUAAAAAGCCAAAAACAUUCCUUCAGUUAGUUUGGGAAGCAUUGCAAGACGUGACUCUAAUUAUUUUGGAAGUUGCAGCCAUAAUAUCCCUAGGCCUUUCGUUCUAUAGACCUCCUGAUACAGAAAGAGAAAACUGUGGAAGAGCUGCUGGAGGAGUGGAUGAUGAGGGCGAAGCAGAGGCUGGCUGGAUUGAAGGUGCCGCCAUCCUCUUAUCUGUCAUCUGUGUGGUGCUCGUCACUGCCUUUAAUGACUGGAGCAAAGAAAAGCAGUUCCGUGGCUUGCAGAGUCGCAUCGAACAGGAGCAAAAGUUCACAGUGAUCCGUGGAGGCCAGGUCAUUCAGAUUCCUGUGGCUGAGUUGGUGGCCGGAGACAUUGCGCAAGUAAAAUAUGGUGACCUCCUUCCUGCUGACGGGGUGCUAAUCCAAGGCAACGAUCUGAAAAUUGACGAGAGCUCCCUCACAGGAGAGUCAGACCAUGUCAGAAAGACCCUGGACAAAGAUCCCAUGCUGCUUUCAGGCACUCAUGUGAUGGAGGGUUCAGGGAGGAUGCUGGUCACUGCUGUGGGUGUGAACUCUCAGACCGGAAUCAUCUUCACCCUCCUCGGUGGCGGAGACGAUGAUGGUGAAAGUGAGGAUGAAAAAGAAGAAAAGGAGAGGAAAAAGAAAGAGAAGGAAGAAAAGAAGAAAGAAAAAGAGAGGAAAAAGAAGGAGAAGAAAGAAAAGAAGGGCAAGAAAAACAAAAAGCAGGAUGGAUCAGACAAAAAGAAGGGUAAGGAUGGAACUAGUGUGGAUACGGAGCCUCUCAGCAGCGAGGACGGGAUUGAUGGAGAGGUGAAGAAGAAAAGCAAUCUACCAAAGAAAGAGAAAUCCGUACUUCAAGGGAAGCUCACCAAACUAGCCGUACAAAUCGGCAAAGCAGGCCUUUUCAUGUCAGCCAUCACAGUCAUCAUCUUGGUGGUACUCUUUCUGGUGGACACCUUCUGGAUUCAGGGGCUUCCAUGGAUCAAAGACUGCACCCCCAUCUACAUCCAGUUCUUUGUCAAGUUCUUCAUCAUAGGGGUCACCGUGCUGGUCGUCGCUGUGCCUGAGGGACUUCCCCUCGCUGUCACCAUCUCAUUAGCCUACUCUGUCAAAAAAAUGAUGAAAGACAACAACCUGGUCAGACACCUGGAUGCAUGUGAGACGAUGGGCAACGCCACUGCUAUCUGCUCAGAUAAGACUGGCACUUUAACCAUGAACAGAAUGACAGUGGUGCAGGUGUAUGUGGGAGACAGACACUACAGGAAGGUUCCUGAGCCUGAACUGAUUCCAGGCAAGAUCAUGGACCUGCUGAUCACAGGCAUCAGCGUUAACUGUGCAUACACCACCAAGAUCAUGCCCCCUGAGAGGGAAGGUGGUCUGCCCCGUCAAGUGGGGAACAAAACUGAAUGUGCCUUGCUGGGGUUUGCCCUUGACCUACGCAGAGACUACCAAAUCAUCCGCAGUGAAUAUCCUGAAGAGAAGCUCUUCAAAGUAUACACCUUCAACUCUGUCAGAAAAUCCAUGAGCACAGUGCUGAAAAAUUAUGAUGGAAGCUACCGAAUGUUCAGCAAAGGAGCCUCUGAAAUUCUCCUGAAGAAGUGUUGUAAAAUCUUGACAGCUAGUGGUGAACCUAAAUUCUUCAAGCCCAGAGAUCGAGAUGACUUGAUGAAGAUGGUGAUUGAGCCAAUGGCUUCAGAGGGCCUGAGGACCAUCUGUCUGGCCUACAGGGACUUCCCAGCCUCAGAGGGGGAACCGGACUGGGACAACGAAACAGACAUCCUUACAGGUCUCACCUGCAUUUGUGUGGUGGGCAUCGAAGACCCUGUACGGCCAGAGGUCCCUGAUGCUAUUAGGAAGUGUCAGCGAGCAGGCAUCACUGUGCGAAUGGUCACCGGGGACAACAUUAACACUGCCCGUGCUAUUGCCACCAAGUGUGGCAUCAUCAAUCCUGGAGAUGAUUUCCUGUGCCUUGAGGGCAAAGAGUUCAACAGGCGGAUACGCAAUGAACUAGGAGAGAUUGAGCAAGAGCGCAUUGACAGGAUUUGGCCCAAACUGCGUGUAUUGGCAAGAUCCUCUCCAACUGACAAACAUACAUUAGUAAAAGGUAUAAUCGAUAGCACUGUUGUAGAACAAAGGCAAGUAGUUGCUGUAACAGGAGAUGGAACAAAUGACGGCCCUGCCUUGAAGAAAGCUGAUGUUGGCUUUGCCAUGGGUAUUGCUGGAACAGAUGUGGCCAAAGAGGCCUCCGAUAUUAUCCUGACAGAUGACAACUUCAGCAGCAUUGUGAAGGCUGUGAUGUGGGGGCGGAACGUCUAUGACAGCAUCUCCAAGUUCCUGCAGUUUCAGCUGACAGUCAACGUGGUGGCUGUGAUUGUGGCAUUCACUGGAGCCUGUAUCACACAGGACUCUCCACUGAAAGCAGUGCAGAUGUUGUGGGUGAAUCUGAUCAUGGACACAUUUGCUUCACUGGCUCUGGCCACUGAGCCGCCAACAGAGGCCCUGCUGCUGAGGAAACCAUACGGCCGCAACAAACCACUUAUUUCCAGAACCAUGAUGAAGAACAUUCUGGGCCAUGCAAUCUACCAGCUCACUAUCAUCUUUACGCUGCUGUUUGCUGGUGAGCAGAUCUUUGAUAUUGACAGUGGCAGGAAUGCUCCCUUACAUGCCCCUCCUUCAGAACACUACACCAUCGUUUUCAACACCUUCGUCAUGAUGCAGCUCUUCAACGAGAUCAACGCUCGCAAGAUUCAUGGCGAGAGGAACGUCUUUGAUGGCAUCUUCAACAACCUCAUCUUCUGUUCCAUUGUAUUUGGCACAUUUGUUGUCCAGAUUGUGAUUGUGCAGUUUGGAGGGAAGCCCUUCAGCUGUGUAGGCCUCAGUAUUGACCAGUGGCUCUGGUGCGUCUUCCUUGGCUUUGGAUGCCUUCUCUGGGGCCAGUUGAUCACCACCAUUCCCACGAGCCGGUUGAAGUUCCUGAAGACUGCUGGCCAUGGCACCCAGAAAGAGGAGAUCCCAGAGGAGGAGCUAGAGGAGAUGGAGGACCUGGAUGAGAUUGACCAUGCUGAGAUGGAACUGAGAAGGGGGCAGGUCCUGUGGUGCAGGGGACUCCAGAGAAUCCAGACACAGAUCCGUGUGGUGAAUGCGUUUCGGCAAACCACGUCUCCAUACGAAGGGUUGGAGACCCCGGAGUCACGCAGCUCCAUUCACAACUUCAUGACCCACCCGGAGUUCCGCAUCGAAGACUCUGAGCCGGCCAUCCCUCUGAUUGAUGACACUGACCUCGAGGAGGACGCUCCCACAAAACGCAAUGCUAUACCACCACCUCUUCCUCCUGUGGUAUCUUCACCUAACCAGAACAAUAACGCUACAGACAGCAGAAGUUUUCACCGCCAUAAGGACAUAAUCAAGACUGCCAUUCCUCAGCCCCCUGGAAGCCCCUUGCACAGCCUGGAGACAUCUCUCUGAUUCCACUCAUGCUAAAACCCUGCUAAGACCAUGUCUGUACCACCCAUGCCAAGACCACAUCAACACCCUUGCAUAAGAGCACACUUAGGAAGUCAUUGAAUGUUUUUGUAUUGAAAUGGAGGGAUUUCUGUCAGUCUGGGUGUAACUGGACUGAAAAGGUAGCCAACCUACAGAGGAAUGUUGGUUUUGAUUGUUUUGUGGAUUUCUUCCCAGGGGAUCUACAUUAGUCAAAGAGAAACCUAGAAAGAAAAAAAAAAUAUUUUUAAUACCUUAAAUUGUCCUUAAACAAUGACAGGGUGAUAUAUUUCUAGCUUUUCAAUUUGAAUGAAACUUUACCCAUGUGCUUUUUUGAGUGAAACACUCUGAUAUAUGAUGUAUUGGCUGUUAAUAUUGUCAU